AUGAACCGUCACGAAUCUGGCGUCUGCCUCGUUCAGCGUCUUGCCCGGGUUGUCCUUCUCCCACAUGCCAAUGCACGACUCCUCGCCACACUUGGCGUUGUUUCCAUGCUUGGGGUCUGCGCCCUCCGUCAGGCCAGGCCUCGUGCCCUUGGCGGCCUCCUCGGCCUCCGUGACCAGUCUGUUCGUCUCGGGGUACUUGAGUUUGUCUUCGCCGUUCUCGCCCUUCUCUGUCUUGUGGAUCAAGGACUCGCCGUUGUUUUGGGAACUUCCGAGGUAGACCUUGUCGCCUUUGCCACCAUCAGCCACCAUGGCCGUCAUGACUCCCGGCUUUUCACCACCGUAGUUCUUGUGCUUGGCUUGCAUUUCGUCCAUGGCGUCCGAGGCCACUCCGUAAAGUCCGCCGUUGCCCAUGGAGGCAUCACGGUCAAUGCCGAGACCACCCUCCUUGUGGGCUCCGAUCAGGCACUCGUCACCUCGCUUCGCCUUGCCGCCAAUCAUGCAGCUGGCAGCAGCAUUCUUGUUUCCGGCCUUCUUGCCAGGAGUCUUCUUGUUACCGGCAGUCUUCUUGUUGCCAACUGCCUUCUUGUUACCAGGAGACUUCUUGGCACCAGCCUUCUUGCUGCCAGCGGGAGACUUCUUUGCUCCAGCUGCCUUCUUGCUACCGGCCUUCCUGUUGCUAUUCUUGCCAACAGCUUUGUUACCGGCCUUCUUUCCAGAAGUCUUCUUGUUGCCUGCCUUCUUUCCAGCAGCCUUGGUGUUUCCGGUCUUCUUGCCAGGGGUCUUCUUAGCACUGGACUUCUUGCUACCAGCAGGAGACUUCUUGUUGCCAGCCUUCUUGCCAACAGUCUUACUACCGGCCUUCUUGCCAGCGGCCUUCUUGUUGGUAGUCUUCUUGCCAGCAGCCUUGGUGUUUCCGGCCUUCUUGCCAGGGGUCUUCUUAGUACCGGACUUCUUGCUGCCAGCAGGAGACUUCUUAGCACCGGCCUUCUUGUUGCCAGCGGUCUUCUUAUUGCCGCUGGCCUUCUUGCUGCCAUUCUUGCUAACAGCUUUAUUGCCGGCCUUCUUGUUACCUGCAGUCUUCUUGUUUCCAACUGCCUUCUUGCUGCCAGCCUUCUUAUUGCCAGAAGGUUUCUUUGCACCGGCAGUCUUUUUGUUGCUAACUGCCUUCUUGUUACCAGCAGACUUCUUAGCACCAGGAGACUUCUUGUUGCCGGCCUUCUUGCCAACAGCCUUGUUGCCAGUCUUCUUGCUACCGGAAGCCUUCUUCACACCAGCAGGUUUCUUGGCACCAGGGGACUUCUUGUUGCCAGAGGCCUUCUUGUUUCCGACGGUCUUCUUGUUGCCGGCAGUCUUCUUAGCACCAGCCUUCUUGUUGUUGGAAGGUUUUUUGGAACCAGCAGUCUUCUUGUUGCCAACUGCCUUCUUGUUGCUAGCAGCCUUUUUGGUGGUAGACUUCUUAGCACCAGCAGGAGACUUCUUAGCACCAGAUUUCUUCGCACCGGCAGUCUUCUUGUUUCCAACUGCUUUCUUGUUGCCGGAAGGCUUCUUGGCACCAGCAGCCUUCUUGUUUCCGGAAGGCUUCUUAGCAGCAGACUUCUUGGCACCAGCAGGAGACUUCUUGGCACCAGAUUUCUUGGCUCCGGCAGUCUUCUUGUUACCAACUGCCUUCUUGUUGCCGGAAGGCUUCUUGGCACCAGCAGUCUUCUUAGCACCAGCAGCCUUCUUGUUGCCGGAAGGCUUCUUAGCACUGGACUUCUUGGCACCAGCUGGAGUCUUCUUGUUACCAACUGCUUUCUUGUUGCCAGCAGCCUUCUUAGUGCCAGCAGGAGACUUCUUGGCACCAGAUUUCUUGGCUCCGGCAGUCUUCUUGUUACCAACUGCCUUCUUGUUGCCGGAAGGCUUCUUGGCACCAGCAGUCUUCUUAGCACCAGCAGCCUUCUUGUUACCUGCAUGCCAGCAGGAGACUUCUUGGCUCCAGCCGUCUUCUUGCCACCAGCAGCCUUCUUUGGUGUAGCAGCCUUCUUACCACCGGCGGGCUUCUUGCCACCAGCGGCUUUCUUAGGUGCAGCAGCCUUCCUACCACCAGCGGCCUUCUUGUUGGCAGCAGGUUUCUUGCCGCCAGCAGCCUUCUUGGGUGUAGUGGCCUUCUUGCCAGCAGCAGCCUUCUUUGGUGUGGCAGCCUUCUUACCACCGGCAGCCUUCUUUGGUGUGGCAGCCUUCUUACCGCCAGCGGCCUUCUUGGGUGUCGUGGCCUUCUUCCCAGCAGCAGCCUUCUUGCCGCCAGCAGCCUUCUUUGGAGUGGCAGGCUUCUUGCCACCGGCAGGCUUCUUGCCACCAACGGCCUUCUUAGGUGCAGCAGCCUUCUUAUUGGCAGCAGCCUUCUUAGGUGUAGCAGCCUUGUUUCCACCAGCGGCCUUCUUGGGUGUAGUCGCUUUCUUGCUGGCGGCAGGCUUCUUAGGUGUCGAAGCCUUCUUGGGCGUAGCAGCCUUCUUGCUGGCGGCAGGCUUCUUUGGUGUAGCGGCCUUCUUAGGUGUAGAAGUCUUCUUGCUGGCAACAGACUUCUUAGCACCACCAGCGGCUUUCUUGACGGCAGCAGCCGCCUUCUUGGGUGCAGCGGCUUUCUUGACAGCAGCAGCGGCCUUCUUGGGCGUAACGACCUUCUUGACAGCAGCAGCGGCCUUCUUUGCUGGGGCGGCAACCUUCUUCACGGCACUAGCAGCCUUCUUCAAUAUUCCCAGCCCCCGGCCGUCCAGCGAAGGAGACCAUGAGUCGAAAACAUUGCGGGAAGCGAGCGCCGAUAGCUUCUCGUCGCUCUGUAGUUCUCGUUCGUCGAUCUGGGGUGUUGUCGCUAAUGUACUGCCAAUGAAACAGCACACGAGGAAGGCCAGGAAGAGCAGAGCUCUCGGUAGGCGCGCCAUGAUCACCAGGAUACAAUGGCAAAGAAUCCAAAGAUAG